GAAAAAAUUGGUCAAGGUGGAUUCGGUGUUGUUUAUUUAUGUCGCUGUUUGUCCACUGGAAAGGAGGUCGCUGUAAAAAGGAUUGAUACAAGUAAAGUACCCAGCAAUCGUGUUGAAUUGGAGUUGGAUGCUCUGAAAAAUUUACGCCAUCCUAGCAUUGUUGACAUUGUUGAAUUUUAUGAACAGUUUAAAGAAAAUGGCUCCCAAUAUAUUGUUAUGGAGUAUUGCAAACAUAGAUCGCUUAGAGAUUAUGUAAAACAGAAUGGGCAAUUGAAUGAUUAUUCAGCUGCUCAUGUUUUGCGACAGUUGGUAGCUGCUACGAAAUACAUUCACGAAAAUGGAAUGAUCCACAGAGAUAUUUCAUCUGGCAAUGUUUUAAUUUCGGAUAUUAGAAACGAAAAAUUUGGAAAAAAACUUAAAGUGAAACUUUCUGAUUUUGGUUUGGCAACUUAUUUUUAUGCAGGUGAUAUUGCUCGAACAAUGCUUGGUACUCCAGGAUAUAUAGCCCCACAGGUGUUUGGCAAAAAAUAUGAUCAAAAAGCCGAUAUUUUUUCCCUUGGUGGUAUCUUAUAUUUGAUGCUAGCUGGAAAAGAUCCUCCUUUGAAGUUCGAUAAUAUAUCGCCUGAAGGAGUUACUCUUAUAAAAGAAAUGAUGCAGCCUACUGAGGAAUCUAGAAUAAAUCUUGGAGGUAUAACUAUGAGCAGUUUUAUGCGUAAAGCGGACGAGAUGGAUCUUCAUGAUAGAACUUCAUGGAGAGGACAAUCAAAAGAUGGCUUUAAACAGUCAUCGUACGAAGUAUUCUUUUCCAUUUUCAAAAUUUUUUUCUACUUUUUCAUUUUUGUUUUAAAUUGA